CAAGAGUUAGCUCCCCUCUGCUUCCUGAUCAUAUCCGUCAACACUGGUUUUUAUUCCGAUUCACCGUUUUAUGCACAUAUUUCAGAUUGUCAACACUCGUUAUAUCAGGUCUGGUAAAAGAAUGACAAGGAAAUACUGAUAAUUAGAAUUCAACAUGGCAUCUCGGAUGAUGAAAAGUGAAACUUACCCGGUCAGCAUCCAGUCUAGUGCUGAGAACAAUGCUUCAAAACAAGUUUUGAAGGGAGAGAAGUCUGCAGUUGGUAGUAGCCGUCCAUGUAACGAACACUCUUUCCUGACGGAUGUGGCCGACGUACGAACCAUGGAACAAGGCCUGCUCCAGCUCCUAGAAGAUUUUCACUCAGGAAAACUUCAAGCAUUUGGUGGAAGUAUGACAUUUGAGAAGAUGGAUCAUAUCAGGGAACAACAGGAGAGAUUGGCCAGACUUCACUUUGAGAUGGAGCUUCUCCAGGACAUGCACAGGCGGGACACAGAAGAAGGCAAGUCGGCUAGUAAUGACAAAAUGUCUAAACUCAUAGACCAGCUCCAUGCCAUCAGUUCAUCAAUACAGAGAAUCCAGAAAGAAUGAAUGGAUGAAAGCCAGAAAAUCUCAAAAUGUCUGUCAUUACCUCGUUAUGUGGACCAAUCAAAAUGACGUACCAUAUAUUCUUCAUUUCAAUUCUGCAACAAAAAGGUGUAUCCUUGUGUUAAGAGAGAAUGUCUUCAAAGCAUGAUAAGACAACAGUUUCAUGUGUCACACAGCAUUAUCAACUUUCUUAGUUACUUACCAUCCAUGACACAUUUAUGUCAAUGAUAAACUUGUUAAUCAUACUAUUUAAAUGAAAUUCCCCAAUGUUGAAAAUCAUAUAUAUGUGGACAUUUUUUUUCCAAAUGUCCAAAAUAAGAUUAAAAAAAUCAUUGGGUUUCAUUAUCAUGCAAAGGGCAUCUUUGUUAAUUUGUGGUUAAUUUUCUUGCAAUUGUAAUAAAAAAAGGUAUUAAUUUUGUUGAGAAAUUGUUUGUUAGCAAUUCAACUGACUGUUAAUUUGUAAUACUUUUCUUACUUUUUUUAUUUACCAGUAUAUAUAACCGAUAUGUUUUUUUUUAUAGUGAAGAUAUUGCGGAUUGAUCUGAGACAAAAUGACACAAAUUUAGGUGCUGGUUUAUUUUUUAUUUAAGGAAAUAUGCUACCCUUUUUUUUUUUUUUUUUUGCAUAACUUUUUAGAGUUAUCCCCCUUAAAAAUCCUAUGACAUUAUCUACAACUUCAAAAGUUCUACUGUAAAAAGUCCCAUUAUUGAUUUAAUUCUGAUGAUUUAAUUCAUUAUUAAUUAAUAAUAUGUUGCUGAUCAUUAGAUUUCAUAUUGGCAGUACAUCGAAAAGAAGUAUGUUGUGAUAUUUUAAUGAAACUAUUGAUUAUCAAACAAAAGAUUACAUGAAUCCAGUACUUUCUACUGAUAUGAGUUACUGCACAUAAACAAAUCCAAGUUUAGUGUAAAACUGAUAUAUAGUAUUAUACAUUUAUGAUAAAUAACUGUAGUGUAGUAUUCACACAUUUAAAUGUACAAUAGAUUCCCAGUGUGAGGAUGGUUGGUGUACAUGUUCAUGUAGGUAUAACUCCCGACUUUGUUGAGGAACAUGGUCUUUAUAUAACUGUACAGAUAUUGUUUACUUUGAGCGAUUGUUUACUUUGAGUAUGGGUAUGUAACCAGGUAGUGCAUAUGUUUAUUACAUAUAUGUGUUGUAAACUUAAUCGUGAUUGGACGAGAGCUGUCAUUUACUCCAUCAAUAUCUUUCAAUAUUAGAAAUGGUUCAAAUUUUCUGAAUUCUCAUUGGCUGAAACAUGCUCACAUGGUUGUCAAUAUUAUGAGAUACUGACUUGAUAUUUCUAAAAUAUUGACCUCAGGCUUCGCCCUGUCAAUAUCUGAUUCUACUAGGUCAGUAUAAUACCAUAUUGACCUCACCAAAAGUCCAUAAUUGAUAAAUAUUGAUAUCACAAGCAUAGUUAUAUAUUCUUCAAUUUUAUUGAAUAUGUUUGCAUGCACAUACGGUGGUACAGAAUUUGUUAUAAUUGAUGUGUCACUUUUUUGUGCAUGCUGUAAAACCUCUAUAUAAUGCCCCCUCAUUGAAACCAAUCUAUGUAUAUUUAUAGACAUUAUAGGUUGAUAUUUUCUAUUCAUUUUAUAGAUAAAACCUUUUUGAAAAAGAUAUUGCUAACCCUUUUUUAUAUACAGUAAAACCUUUAAAAUCUCCUCUCUUUUGUUUGCAAUCUCACGAACAGUAAACAUAUAUUUAUCAAUUUUUCAGUUUUUUUUUAUCAAUUCCUUAGUUUUCAAUUUAUUGCCAAACCUUCUAUAAUGCCAAAAUUUCCAGCAUAAAUGGCAGCAGUAUAAUUGUAUAAUGAUGACAGUGUAACAACGUUUUAAUGUAAAGUAGACGGCAGUGUAUUAAGAAUUUUCUGUACAUUAAUAUACAUUCUGUAGUAGGAGUGGAAAAAUGCACGGCCAGACCGGGGUUUGAACCCGGGACCUCCGAACACUAGCCGGAUGCUCUACCGAUUGAGCUACCUGGUCGCCGAUGAUCGACCUGGUCCAGUUCCGCUACACAUUCAUGUUUCAGACAAAAAAUUUUUUAAUACCAUUCCUAUUUGUCUGGUCUCUCAAUCUCUGUGAUAUCUUUUCCAGAUUUUCAUUCUUCUAAGAAUAAGAUUUCUGUGAUAAAUUGGAUAUUGUAAGUUAUUUGGGAGUUAUUUGUUUUUAAAAUCAAAUUUUUGACUAUCCUCUAUAGCAUAACUACAGAUGUUAGCAGAAUCCGGGACAAAUUCAAUCAAUCUCCCCUGCAUGAUGUAAAUGGACAUGGACAUCUUAAGCAGUGGCCCCUUUUCGGACGAGGAAAUAUUUUUUAUAGCCUUAAAAAAAAAAGCCUAUGCUAAACCCCCCCUCCCCCUUAUCGAAAAUCUUAUCCUCGAAAGAUUGCAAAAUUUGCUAUAAUCAUUAUGGCCCCCAGACCCAUCGCCAAAAAAAAUUUCUGGACCACCUCCUUUUCAAAUUCCUGGAUCCACGCCUGAUUACUGUCUACAUACCAAUGGGUUGGUUGUUUAUUCCCCCCCCCCCCCCCCUUUCCUAUUAGAAACUGCAGGUUGUAAAAGUAUUUUUCCCCAGACUUUUUUUAUUAGAUACUGCAGGUUGUAAGAUUAAAGAAAUAAAAUGCUUUGCGCCAUCAUCAAUAGUACAUGGAAUGUUUUGACAAAUCUCAUGACAUUCAUCAUUUGUCAUACAAUUACGCAGUGACCAUGAUGACAACAUUCUAUUAGGAGUCAUAACAUUUUUGAAAUAAAAGUGUAUGUGAGAUCCUCGUCUUUUCCUUGAUCUCUAUAUAUAUUCUGAAUAGGUAAAGACAAAUUUCAGGUUGUUGGGUGGUACAUUGGUAACACACUUGCAUUUUACCUAGGCGGCCUGGGUUCGAUUUCUCGAUCGGAUGUGAAAAGGUAUUGGGGCACCUGCCUGACCACAUCGGGCUUUCUCUGGGUAUUCUGGUUACCUUCCAUGGUAGGACCCAUCGCACACUUCAGUCUAGGCCAACAAGCAUGGUUCAAAUAACUUGGUAUAACUUGUUUUGUAAUUGCUGUAAAAUAGGAUUACCAAAAUGUACCUGUGAAAUUUGGGAGACAAGUCAUCAUAUACAUAUCCUAUAGUAUACUGCUGUAAAGGAAAUGAUAAGAAUUAUACAUGAGCUCGCUAAUCAUAUUUGUAAGUUAUGAAAAAUAUUUGAAUAUUUGAUGUCAUUUUCUAAUUCACUUGUUCAAGAAUUAAAAAAGUAUUUAGGACAAUAUCACUGAAAUUAACCAAGAGACCAAAAAUAAACGAUAAAACAGUCACUUUUAGUGAAAUACUUAAAGCUAUUUGAUUUAAAAUUCCAGUAAUGCUGUAUGCUUCAUUCCGAUGUACCUGUAUAUUAGCUACAAACAAUAUUUUCUCCAAACUCAAAAUUUCAUUGCAAUCAGUUGUAAUUAACCUGAUACAGACUGUAUGAAAGUAUGAAAACCCCUUGUUAGGUUGUAGAUGAAGCCAAAUCACUCGAAUUCAUAUUUAUUUUAUUCAUUGAUUAUAUAAUUGUACCAAAUAUCGGAAUAUAAAUAAUUAUUUAUAUAUCGAUAUACAAAAAAAUAUCUUCUCUAUCAAGGUCUGUAUAUAAGUAAUAAUUUUAUUUUAUAAUUUUUGUUAAUUUUAUUGUCUGUAUAUUGUUUAUAUUUCGUGUUGUAUUAAGUUCAGCUUCCAUAUUGUUGCCUGGGUUAGCUUUCACUGUCCAUAAAAGCACUGAUCUACUUAAGACCAAAAUUUAAUUGUUUUUGUAUAGGUUGUUUACAUGUAUAUAAUUCAUCUUGUUUAUAUACCUUCUCCUGUAAUAUGUGAUAAAUACUGUAAACGUUGAAAUUUACGCGCGGGGGGAAUUUACGCUAAUUACGCAGACUCUUUUUGUUCGUUAAAGUUUCCCCCAAGUGUAUUAUUUUUAUAUUAACUUGCGUAAUCUUGAAAUACAAGCGAAAGUGGAUCGAUCACGAAAAUUACCCCCUCACGCAUAGUUUACGUAUUGAAAUCGUGAAAUUACCCCCCCACCCCCCCAUAAUGUAGAAAUACACAUACAUGACCAAUUAUCACUGUAUUUUCACUCUGUAUAAACCUUAUGAAAACUUCAAAUUAAAUUGAACAACAAAAACUACCGUGGUAGUUUUCUUAUGAAGAAUAAUAUUGAUUAAAAUUUUAUAAAGUUUGGUUUUAAUAUCCCAGAAACUAACCACAGUACAAUAUUUAUUGUUGAAUGAAUGAAACCUGAUACACAGGACUGUAAUGAAAUACUUCAUUUUGUAUAAUCUGCAUUCGUAUCUGUGAUGAGUUUUUUACAUUCCAGCUUUAGUAAGUCCAGUGUAUUGGUAUGUGUGAAUUUGAGCACUAAGUGUAUCUGCUCCAUUGAUAAUUUUUUCUACAACAGUAACUGUUGUCAAUGCAUGUGAUUAAUUGGAGAUGAAGAGGUGAAAGCUCAUGGCCAUGACACAGAGGGUUUAGUGGUAAUCUUAUUUUAGCGGUAAUCUUAUUUUAGCACUUAUCACACUAUACCAUUCCGCUAAAUUAUGUUUGCGCUAAUUGCAGUUUUUAUUAAUUGUUCCUACAAAAAGUAAUUUUGGCGCACCAAUUCAUCAAUGCACUAAAUUUAUAUGGGACGCUAGGGUAAAUUUGAAAAUAUCACGCAAGAUAAAGGAAGGGAAGUAACUCUGAUAUGUCAGAACAGCAAGUAUAGGUGUCAUAUUGAUCAAAAAGUUAAAAUUGCGUAACCAUUCAGAACUGGAGAGAGUAUGCUAUGGUGAUAGUAAUAUCACUGUCACAUUAAAAAUAGGGAAGAAAAAAAAAAAAUCAAAAUUACCAACAAUCUUCAUUUCUCAUAAUAUACAAAUACAGACCAUGGGAUUGGAAAGUUAUCCAUGUGGAUGAAACAAUGUUAUCUUUUCAAGAAAUACAUAUAUAUUUGAAUUUUCACAAUUAAAUGUACCUAAGCUCUUUACAAAAAUAGUUAAAGUGAUCCUUGCAAAUGUAACCAGUGUGUUGAAAAAAUGUUGAAUGCGGGUAUUGUAAUCAUCUGAUGAAAGGUCAAAGUUCGGUUUAGUUUACAUAUCAUGGCUGAUAAAAAUGGGACGGCAAUUUGGUUUUUGUAUGGAAUCCAUUUUGAUUAAUACAAAUGUACAACACAUACAUAUCUAUAUAUAGAACAUGCUAUGGUUAAUGAUGCUUGACUUACUUUGGGUUUUGAUAUAUUUUCCCGGUAUUGUUGAGAACAUUAUUGGCAAUUCACUAAGUUCAUAUCAUGUACAAACAAAAAAUCUAAUUCUUUUGUAUUUAUUUUGUUGAAAGAAUAAACAACCAUGUCCAAUA